CAUGAUACGUGCGCGUGGCUAAACGUAAUUGGUAAACGCGUUUUGCCCUAAUCGUAUGCCAUCAACAACUGCCUCUCUAUUCCUUCUCACUGAAUAACCUUCUUCCUAUAUCAACAACAACCAUGUCUUCCCUUCUCCUCCACAGCAACUUCCAUCUUCAAUCGGUUCAAUCAUGGAUCCCAUGGAUAUCGUCGGAAAAUCGAAGGAAGAUGCUUCGCUUCCUAAAGCAACAAUGACAAAAAUAAUUAAAGAGAUGUUACCCCCAGAUGUACGUGUUGCAAGAGACACCCAAGAUCUAUUGAUUGAGUGCUGUGUAGAGUUUAUAAAUCUCAUCUCAUCAGAGUCCAAUGAAGUAUGUAGUAGGGAGGACAAACGAACUAUUGCACCUGAGCACGUAUUGAAGGCUCUACAGGUGCUUGGAUUUAGUGAUUACAUUGAAGAAGUUUGUGCAGCAUACGAACAGCACAAGCUGGAGACCAUGCAGGACUCUUUAAAAGGCGGUAAAUGGAGCAAUGCAGCUGAAAUGACCGAGGAAGAAGCAUUAGCGGAACAACAAAGGAUGUUUGCAGAGGCACGUGCUAGAAUGAACGGUGGGGCCAUUGCUUCGAAGCAGCCAGAUGGUGACCAAAAUUUAGAUAGCUAACUUUAGGACCUUAGUUACAUUGAAGCAUAGGAACACCUCUGACUCCUCCUGUGUGCUUUCCUAUGAGCCCAUUGUGUACAAAAAUCAUUCACUAGUUUGCUGGCCAAUGUGGAUGUGCUCACCAUUUGUAUUCUAUCGAUGAAUCCAUAUUUGUAAGUCAAUGUAAUUAUUGAGAGUUCAUGAAAAUCCUCUUUCUGUUUAGAAUCACUAAUUUUAUUUCUUUUCUUUUUGUAUCUUUACACACUAACAGAUCCUAGCAUGGUUAGUAACAACAAAUAAUUGAUUCUAGAAUCCA